UCCAUCCUGUUGAAAAGCCUCUCUGCUAUGACACACAAGGGAAAAGCAUCAGACAGCAUUCAGAUUUGAAUUAUUAUCAUGGAGUGUAUGUAAGAGUGAAACCCUAUGACUAUAAUGAGUGUGGGAAAAUCUUCAGUCAGAAUGCUGUUCUUACUAAUUGUAUUCUUCUUGGAGAGGAAACUGGUGAAUGUGGAAAGACAUUCAACCAACAUUCAGCUGCUAACCAACCUCAAAUAGUCCUCACAGGAGAAAAACCCUACUUGUGUGAUGAAUGUGGGAGAAGAUUCCGCCACAGAAUGCACCUCAUUGAACAUCAGAGAAUCCAUACAGGGGAAAAGCCUUUCAUGUGUAACAAAUGUGGGAAAGCCUUCAGGCAACAUUCAUCCUUUAAGCAGCACCUGAGAAGCCACACAGGAGAGAAGCCCUACAAGUGUAAUGAGUGUGGUAAAGCUUUUAGCCGAAGCACAACCCUCACUGAGCAUCACAGACUUCACACUGGGGAGAGACCUUAUGAAUGUAGUUUUUGUGGGAAAACCUUCAGCCGAAGAUCACAUCUUAAUCAGCACAAAAGGACACAUACAGGAGAGAAGCCCUAUGAGUGUAAUGAAUGUGGGAAAGUGUUCAACCGGAAUGCACACCUUAACUUACACAGGAAAAUCCACAGCUGUGUGUAAUGGACUAUAAAUGUGAGAGGACCUCAGACUGAAGUCCUUCCCUUAGUGGUACAAAACUCAAGGAAAACAAACAGACAGACGGGAAGUUGUUAAAACCAUUCUUUUCAUUCAGUAGCAAAUUGUUCAUGGUAGGAAGAAAGCUUACCUACAAGUGAGUUUUUACUGCAUUGGAACCAAAUUUAUAACUGAAUUUAGUAGUUUAUAACAUCUCCAGAAGGUCUUAUAGAUAGUGAACAUUAUUACUUUUACAAACUGAAAUAUAUUGGGCCCUGUUCAGAUUCCAGUGCAAAACCCAAAUAAAGGUGGGGAAGAUGACAUGCCUGUAAUUCCAGCACUCCGGGUUUGCUGCUUGUGGUUUCUUUGUAAUCCUAACAGUUGGUGGUGAGGAGGAUUAGGAAUUUAAGGCUAUCCUCCAGUAAGGAUGGAGUUGAAGGCCAUUUUGUGUUAGAGGAAUGUCUAGCCAUGUUUUAAAGUGCAGUUCAGUGCCUUGUGAUCCAGUUGGGGCCCUGCCUUGGGCAUUGUUAUGAAUGUUGAACUAUCUUCUGUAACCAUGUGAUGAUAAGGAAUGUUCCCCUGUUAUUCCAGACUGGUAAAUAAAGGUGCUGAAGCCUA